AUGGCUCCGGCCGUUGUCCAACCAGUAAAUGGUUCUUACCUACACCGAUCCCAUACCUCGGACGACCGUAAAAACGCGUCAGCGACUGCAACAUCGACAGCACCGACGACACAACAGAAAGGCUCGAGCGUGCAGGGACGAGCUGCAUUCGAGCUUCCCUCCUUUGACACCAUACCCGAAUUCAACACCACACUCUACCUUGACGGCAAGUCCAAGGGAAAAGAGGCUGAUGCUAAAGAGCAAGCGGCCGCACCCGCAGCCGCCGCGGCACGACCAGACCCGGCAAUGUUAUUAAAACCUCCAAAAGAGGAGGACAAGGAGAAUACGAGAGAUGGGAAGCAAAAGGAAAAAGAUAAAGAUAUCGAGAAGCUGCAGAAGAGGGGGAGGAGGGCUUCGUUGAUGGAGCGACGUAAAUCAUGGCUUCCAACCUCGAGAUCGCCGUCAAAAGUCAAGGAGCCGCCGGUGCCCGAAAGACCCAGUACUCAUGCCGGAGACCACGUGCGCGCUGCACCUGCUGCGGCGUCCACCACCCCGACAGCACCAACACCACCGACGCGACCUCUCGAGCCAGAACGCCCCAGGACGGUCUCGGAGAGUUUCGCUACCUUUGCGAAGAAGUCAUGGAUGUCCACAUCCCGCUCCCCGUCCCCGAAGCGAAACCCAGAGCCUCCAGCUCCACCGCCAUCUCGCCCUCCCCGCAGCAGGGCCCCGAGCAACGAGAACAUCAAAGGUGCCGACGCAGCCCGCAAGAGGCCAGUGUCCAUGCUAGUCGAUACAGGGAGCGCUGCUUCAAAGAGUGCCGAAUCAUUGAAGCCCGCGCGCACCCUGAACAGAACGAGCACUUUCCUAACGAAGAUCAAGCAGCGGCCGAAAAGCAUGCUCAUCACUCUGGGUUCAAACAGCGAUGUGGAUGUGAAUAAUUUGCCUCCGUCAUCAAUCAGCUUGCCGCCGCCCAACGCCGCUAUUGAAAACGACCAGCCCAGCAAGAAAACGAGGAACAGCAACAACAGUAAUAGUAAUAAAAUCAAGAAGCCCGAGUCGAAACCAGCCUCCUUUGCCGAAUCUCAAAUAACAGCAACUGACGAGUCUCUGAGCGAAAUGUCGGUCAACAAGGACACCAUCUGGUCGGUGUUCAGGUCACUCGAUACCGAAAGUGGGAGUUUCAGCACCAAAACCAUGGCUCAGCGCAUGCACUCUGUGCGUGUGACCUUGUUGCCAUUUUUGCGAACCUAUAUGAACCACAUCACCAACAAGGGACUCAUCCUGGAGGACGUCGAGCGGAGGGCGAUUGUGCUGAACAAGUGGUGGACCGGUUUGUUGGAUAUGCUGGACGGACAGGGCCAGCAGCUUCCAGGCGUUGAUCGACCGGUUCUGCUGGAGGCUUUGACGAUGCUGAUGAUGCGACCCGAAUGGCGACAGACAACGACGUACUUCAUGUCGUUGGCGGACCGCUCACCAAAUGAACGCGUCCGACCGCGGUCGGGAACACAGUCCACAGCAGACUCAUCACAAGCAUCGAGUCAGGCUUUCCUCGCCGAAUCCGCCGAGCAUAAUGUGCGAACCAUGUUUGUGAGCAAUCUCAUGAGGCAAAUGCAACUCGUCGUGGAAAAAAUGUCACUUCGACACGCGCCUCUCAGUCUCGUCAAUUGGUGUGGCAAGGCGUGCGCAUACGCUUUCUUUUUCUGCCCGUCUGUCGCCGAGAUUCUCGUCCGGUUGUGGGACUUACGGCCGGAGCUCAUCAGACGGACGGCUGACGAGUUUGGACUACCUAAGAAGAAUGGCGGCGAGAGCGAGGACAUCAUGGCCCUAUUCCCGCCCAACGUGGGUGUGUUGGGUUGGCAAUCGCAGAAGACCAUCAGCGCUCGCUUCAAGGAGAGGGUCAAACUCUCUGUCAUGGCGGCGAGGAUCCCUUGGUUCAGCCCUUGGGUGACGCGAUGGCGUGGCGGGGAUACUGACUUGUUCUUCAUCUUUUGCAAAUACUACCACAUCCUUUCUGAGGAGUUCAUGCCCGAAGGUCUCCCUCUGCUUGAAAAGGCGCGGUCGCCAGGGUUUAUACUGGUACAAGCGCAAAUCCUCGCGUGCAUAGAGUCCACCAUUCACCGGCAAGCUGAAGUCGACGCGAUUUACAACCCGCCAAUGCCGACAGAUUCAUUCUACGGCGCCGAUGCUGCUGCGACCGCAAUGACAAUUCCAGGAAACUUGUUGAAGAACAUGGCCGAUAACCGUCUGAUUGUGUUGUUGAAGGAUAUUCUGGGCGAAUCAAUCCCGAUCAUUGCUGCUGCGAGACGAACCUUCGCCGAAGCCUUCCUAGCUGUAACUCGUGCCGCGACCCGCCGAGUAUCUGCUUUCGACCAUAGUGCUGUUUUCACGCUGUGUGAUUUCCUGGAAGAGGCAUUGGUGGCUUAUGACCAGCUCGACGAUCUCGAGAAUCCGAAUAUCGCGAAAUGCAUUGAUUGGCCCUUUUGGCUCAACGUCUGCCGGAAGAUGCUCAUCUCCGACAACGCAAUGACGGAAGUUCGGCUUCUUUCCUUCAUCUUCUCGACCUGGGAGUCGGUCACAGCAAAUCCCGAAAGAAAGAAGGCUAUAUGUCUGAAAUGGUUGCUUUCCGAGGAGACGUUCGACACCUACUUCAACCACUGGUGCCCGAUGGUGCGCGGCUAUUAUAUGCGCUUGCUCUGUUGGCGUAUCUGUCGUGACGGCGGCAGCGCGAACGAAGUCGAUGCUGAAAUUUUCCUGGUUGCCGCAGCGAGACUCAAGACCGUCUGGGCCCACUACCUUUUUCUCCGCAAUGCCGCUGAUGCCGCAGGGAAGCUUGCUCCCUCUACAACCCCGUGUCUCCCAACUCCGGGCAAGAAAUUCAUGAUCAUCCGAACGGAAGUGAACAUACCGCAGCCAGGCUACUUCAACCAACCCUUCGACUCGUUCUCUAAGAUUAUCAAUGGCGAAGGGGUCAUGGCAUCAACGCCGCUGACGGAAGCAAAGGAGGUUGUCAAGCCCGACAAUAGCAAGAAGCGUUGGUCACUGCUUGGAAAGGUAUUGUCUUUGGGUGGUAACGGCUCGGACAGCGAGGAUACCAGCGAAUCUUCGCGCAAGGACGCGGUGCCUUCCAAGUCCGCUAAUCUUUCCAAGCGCCGUCAAGGGGGCCCGCCUCUGCCGCCCAAGAUUUCCACUUCGUCGGCCUCCGCUGUCACGACGUCGUCUGACGGCAGUUCGCCGGGCGCCUCUCCUAUUUUCAUGGAGCAAAGGUUUGUUUUCAAGUUCGCUCUGACAUGGCAGCCUCCUGCCGUUACCCAGCCGCGCGACCGUAUUCUUACUCGCCCACGUCUCCCCGCCCCUGCGCAGGCAUGGGUCACUUCUCGUUCGAGGAGUGGCAGCACGCCACCUCCACCUGCCGCCGGUCUCCCCGAUCCCACACGGUGUGUCUCUGGGUCCAAGAAGAAGGGCCUUGUCGACGAAGCCAAAAACGCCAGUCCACUCGCCUCCCCCACUCUCGAACGCAAGUCGUCGGUCACUGCAGUAUCAUCGUCCUCUCUCGUGCGCAGACUCAGCAACAAGUUCGACUUUGAGAACAAUCCAAAUGUGGAGCUAAUGACCUUUGACUUCGAAGGUGCGGAGAAGUCAUCUGCUUCAUCAAUGUCUUCUGCAUCGUCAACGGCCUCAUCUCCUGUCGAGAGCAAGACCGAGGAGGAGGCACAACAGCCGUCGGAGCCCUCGCCACCUCAAUCCGAGGCCGUAGCCCAGGCUCACGCUGUGAUCCAGGCUCAGCAGCGGCCCCAUUUGUCCAAGUCUGGGAGUCGUAGGACCGGUCCUGAGCCGCUUACUCAACCCCUUCGCCCGAUGGGCAUUUACGUCAAGCGCGCCGUUUACGCUGGUCGUGCGUUGGCCGAGUGGAGCAUUGUCGUCGCCGAGUGCAACGGUUUCGUCGAUCGCAGACGCGACGAGGGCGUUCUCGGUCUCAGUGACGUGGAGGUCCCGCUGCUGACAGUCGAAGGCUUCCGAAAGCUCGGCUGA